AUGUCAUUGAAAGAAUCAGCAACUAUUGAUGUUGGUUAUCCUAUAAUGGGUGCUAAAUUCAUUAAUAAUAAGACUAUUUUAGUUGCUGGUGGUGGUGGUGAAGGAAAUAAUGGUAUUCCAAAUAAGAUAACUGCAAUUAAAUGUAGUUUUAAAAUUAAUGAUGUUAGAAGAAGAUUACAAAAAUUUAGAGAAAUAACAUUACCUUCAAAUGAAGAUAGUCCACAAUGUUUGGAUACAGUUAAAUUAGAUGAUUUGAAUGAGUUUAAUGUAUUAAUUGGAUGUAAUCAAAGCAGUCAAUUGAUCAAGACAAUGAAUAUAAAUAAUAAUAUUAGAAAAUAUAUUUAUACAAUGGCUGAACAUUUAAGAUUCAACGACGCUGCUCAAUUCGAACCUGAAAUUACAGAUUUAGAAGAAUAUCCAAAAAUUAUAAAAAUUUCAAAUGACAAUACCCUGGGAUGUUUUAUGACUUCAAAAUUACCUAGUACAAUCUACAUAUUCAAUCCUGAUAAUUUGGAAUUAAAGAAUAAAUAUGAACUGAACUUUGAAGUUAAAGAUUUGGCAAUUAAUCCAAAUAAUAAAGAAGCUAUAUUAUUAAGUUUAAACUCAAUCAAUAUUAUUUCAUUAGAUAAUGGUACUUUAGCAUCUUCUAAAAUGUUUGAUAAUUUUACAUUUUCAAGAAUAAAAUUUAUAAAUUCAAAAGAAGUAUUAAUUUCAGGUAAUGCAAAAGGUAAAUCGGGUGCUUAUUUAUUCAUUUAUAAUAUUGAAUCUCAAGAAAUCACCAAAUCACAGCUCAUUUCAAAACAGUUUUCAAAUAUAGUUGCAUUGGAUAUAUCUACAACUUCCAAUUUAAUUGCAAUUGCAUCGAACAACCUCACAGUAACAAUAUCGAACCUCGCCAAUUUUAAAAUAUUAAGAACUUUUAAAAAAUUACAUCCUUUUGCAAUUACUUCAGUUUCAUUCUCACCUAAUGGAUUAAAAUUAGCAACUGGUUCAGCUGCGAAUACAUUACAUGUUUUUAAAUUGCCUGCUAAUUUAUCAAAAGGUAAAUCUAUGAUUAGCUCAAUAUUCCACUAUUUAUUCACAAUUAUAUUGAUAGCUGUAUUUGGUAUAGUUGUGCAGAAUAUGAAUGAAAGUGGGAAAUUGAAUGAGUUGAUUGAGUACAGUAAGGACUAUAGUGAAGUUGCAUAUAAAUAUGGAUUAAUAGGUUAUGAUUAUUUAGAAAAAUAUGGUAAAGAAGGAUUAAUAUUGGGUGAAGAAUAUUAUAGAAAAUUAUCAGAGAAGGGUAUUGAACUUUAUAAUGAGAAAUUCAAUAAACCUAAUACGAAAGCUAGUACUUUGAAUGAUAUAGUUUCUGAAAUUACUAAAAAUAUAGAUGCUGAAACUUUGAAAAGUGAUUUUGAUAGUGAAACUUUCUUAAGUGAUACAAGUAAUUAUAUAACUUUGGAUACAAGUAAAGUUGAAACAAGUAUAGAAUCAACAAGAACACCAACAACCCAAGAAUUGAAGGAAACUGCGAGUGUUAAACCAUCUUCAAAAGAAAUUUCAAGUGCUGAACCAUCACUUAUUGAAUUAUCAACUCCAAUUUUUAAACCAUCAUCAGAAUCAAAAACUCAAAUAGAACCUUCAAUUUCAUCCUUAUCAAGCUUAGAAGCAUCUGCUGAACCUGAAUUUACUUCAGCAAUUGAAGUAGUUAAUAAUAAUACAAGUGUUGAACAACCAGCUUCUUUUGAAGAUCAUAAACCUGAAACUACAAGUAUGGAAUCACCAGAAACUGAAGAAGUAGAAGAAAUUAUAAUAGAAGAGGAAGUUGAAGAAGAACCAGAAGCUAAUGAGGAGACUGAAGAAGUUGAAGAAGUCAUAAUUGAAGAAGAGAUUGAAGAACCAGAACCAGAGACAAAACCAGAAGAAUUAAAUGAAGAAGAAAUUGAAGAAGUUAUAAUUGAAAAAGAAGUUGACAAGCCAGAACAAGAUGCUGAUGAAGAAAUAGUUGAAGAAAUCAUUAUCGAAGAUGAAGAAGAACCAGAAACUUCAGCAACUUCAACUCCAGAAUCAACUGAUGAAAUAGAAGAAGAGAUUAUAAUUGAAGAGGUAGAAGAUCAAGAAACAGAAACACCAGUAAGUACCGAAACUUCUGAAGUUGAGCAAUCUUCUACUCAAGAGACUAAAAAGCACAUUCACGAACCAUCAGAUAUUAGUUCGAUUGAAGAAGAAUCGUCAACUACUGUUGAAUCAUUACCUGAACCUUCACGCGUUCAAGAUGGUGAGUCAGAAACUCAUAUAAUUGAAGACAUGGCUGAAGCUACACCAACACCAAUUGCAAAUGAAGAAAUUUCAACUUCUAUUGAUUUAGGAACUGUUGAUGCUCAACCUACUCCGGUUCCUCAACCUGAUGAAAAACCAGUUAAACCUAUUUUAGAAGAAGUAGAAGCUGAUGAUCAAAUGCAACAAAUAAAAGAAGAUGCUACUGCACCAAUUGACGAACAGAAGAAACAAGAGGAAGAAACUGAGUCAAAUACUGAAAUCACAUCACCAAUUGACGUUGAAACUGUCCAAGAUAUAGAAGAAGAAAGUCCAGAAAGUUCAAUCGAAUCAUCUGAAGAAAUUUUAUCUAUAGCUGAUCAAUCUUCCUUAAAUUUAGAACCAUCUGGAUCACCAAUUACUAUACCAGAACCACAUAACUCUGAAUCUACUCAAACUGAAUCUUCUGAUAUAAUUGAAGAAGUUUCAGAAAUUUUAGAAGCACCAAUUGAACAACCAUUAAUAAAUAAUUUACCAGGUGUCAACGAAGAACCAAUAAAUGAACCAGAAGAGCAAUUUGAAAUAUCUACUGAGGAAUCUAGUACUGCUAGUCCAAGCUCAAUAGAAGUAGAAUUUUCGACCUCAUCCACAACAUCAUCAAAAACUACAACCAAAAAACCAAAGAGAACCAUCACUAAAAAAGUAACAAGAACUGUCAGAAAAGCAAAACCAACAUCAACAUCUAUCAAUCCAAUUGAAAAGGAUGAAUUAUAG